AUGGGUUGUGGAUCAUCAACAGUCACUCAAGCUACUAACCCUACACUGUUUCAAGGCAAUGUCAAUAAAAAACCGCAAGAAGUUCCCAAUUUAUCAUCACAAAACGAGGAGACCAAACGAAUAAUCAGUGCGAAAUCUCAGACUAGCAAACACUCACGAAUACCUUCUGUCGCAUCCCUAAAUAGUGUACCAAAAAGAAUAACAAGUGCAACAUCUCAGGCUAGUAAACAAAGUCGAACACAAUCAGCCACAUCUCAAAAUAGUGCAGACAAAAGAAUAAUAAGCGCUUCAUCCACAGCUAGUUCGACAACUCUUAAAUUAUCUACUGGUGGAAAAAAGUCUGCCACUCCAUCAAUACAUUCGCAGUAUGAUGUCAACCAAAAUUUGGCUAUUAUUUGGGUGGAUCCUCAUAUAGAAGAUCUUGGAAAGGUCUAUCAUGACUCAAUCACUAAACUUCAUCGCAUUACUAACUCGAUUCACACAUUAGCUGACUCUGAUCAAUGUGUCGAUUUUCUUAAUACUCUCAAUGAUAAGAUAGUUGUUCUUAUUGUUUCGGAUAUAGUCGGUGAACAACUUGUACCAAUUGUUUUCGGUAAACCCCAACUUGAAUAUAUUUAUAUAUUAAAUCCACAAAAACAUAUACGAGUAACUUGGGCUAAUAAAUGGGCACAAAAAGUCAAAGGAAUUUUUCAUAAUAUGGAACAGAUUUUUCUAGCAAUUAAAGCUGAUAGUGGUCAAAUAGGUAGUGUCCCUCCGAUUAGCAUUCUACCGAAGAACGAAACAGAGAUUCAAGAUACUGGAUCCAAUGAACUCGACAAAUCAUUUAUGUAUACUCAAUUAAUUAAAGAAAUUCUACUCGAUAUGACACAUGAUUAUACAGAGAAAAACAAACUAGUCGAAUAUUGUCGUAUACAAUAUGCUGAUAAUGAAUAUCAAUUAGGAUUGAUCGAUAACUUUGAACUUGAGUACAAUGAUCAAUUAGCUGUUGAAUGGUAUACGAAAGAGUCUUUUUUAUAUUCAAUGAUGAAUCGUGCUCUAAGAUCACAAGAUAUUGAAAGUAUUAUGAAAAUGGGCUUUUUUAUUAGUGAUCUUCAUAAACAAAUUACAAACAUGUAUAAUGAACAAAAGGAUAAACAUCAUGAAAUCACAGUAUAUCGUGGUCAAAGUAUGUUAUUAGACGACUUUGAUAGAUUAAAAAACAGUAUUGGUGGUCUUCUUUCAUUCAAUAAUUUUUUGUCAACCAGUCUUGAUUUAAAUGUUUCAGUACAAUUUGCCAUACGUGCAGCAGAAAAUCCAAAAGUAAAUGCAGUACUCUUUCAAAUGAUUAUUGAUCCAGCCAAAUCAUCGGUUCCAUUUGCUUAUUUAGAAGAAAAUAGUUCAUUCAAAUAUGAAAAUGAAAUUCUUUUCUCUAUGCAUACCGUUUUUCGUAUUGUCGAUAUUCAACAUAUUCAAGAUCAAUAUUGGCUUGUUUGUUUAAAUCUAACAGGUGACAAUGAUCUAACACUCACAGCAUUGACAGAUCAUUUUAGAAAAGAAAUUGGAAGCGGUAAUCCUUUGGAUCGAUUAGGACAUUUAAUGUUGAAAUUAGGUGAAUUUAAUCAAGCUGAAGCAAUUUUCGAUACACAACUCAAUGCUAAAGAUGAAAAAACUUGGCGUAAACAAGGGCAUCUCUAUCAUCAAAUUGCAUAUGUUUAUAGUCAUAAGGGUGAUUAUGUUAAUGCAUUAUUAUACUAUAAAAAGGCAAUCGAAAUAGAACAACCAUUUAUUCCUGAAGAUGAUUCAUCCAUGGCUCCUACCUACAAUAAUAUUGCUGGUGUGUAUCAUUCAAUGGGUGACUAUUCAUCGGCUCUAUCUUAUUAUAGAAAAGCACUUGAGAUUGAACAAAAUUCUGUUUCUUCCGAACAUCCUUGUUUAGCAACUACAUACAAUAAUAUCGGAUCAGUUCAUAGUUCAAUGGGUAAUUACAAUGCUGCACUUGAUUUCUAUAGAAAGACACUUGCAAUACGAGAAAAAACUUUGCCUGCUUAUCAUCCAGAUUUUGGAAGUAUUUAUAAUAAUAUCGGAUCAGCUUAUAGUUCAUUAGGUGAUGAUCGAACUGCACUUUCAUACUAUGAAAAAACUCUUGAAAUUCAAGAAAAAAUUCUUCCUUCUAAUCAUGUGGAUUUAGCAAUUAGCUAUGCCAACCUUGGUACCAUACAUUGUUCAAUGGGAAAUCAUAUAAAAGCACUUGAAUAUCAUAAUAAAUCUCUUAAAAUUCGUGAAAUAUCUCUUCCAUCAAAUCAUCCUGAUAUAGCUAUGAGUUACAACAAUAUUGGUUCAGUACAUAAUGCAAUGGAGGAGUAUGAAACUGCGUUAUCAUUUUUUCAAAAAUCACUUGAUAUUCGACAAAAAUCUCUUGCAGAAGACCAUAUUAGUUUUGCUCAUAUUUAUGAUAAUCUUGGUUCUGUCCAUCAUUCAAUGGAUGAUAAUUCAAAAGCACAAUCUUACUAUCAAAAAGCUUUCGAAAUUCGUCAACAUUCUCUGGGUGAAAAUCAUCCCGAUAUUGCUAAUAGUUAUAAUCAUCUUGGUACAAUUUAUAGUUCAAUGGGAGACAAAUCUAAAGCACUUGCCUAUUAUGAAAAAGCACUUGUAAUUCAACAAAAAUCUCUUUCAGAAAAUCAUCCAAGUUUAGUUAAUACCUACAAUAAUAUUGGUUUAAUUUAUCAUUCAAUGGAAGAUAAUACAAAAGCACUUUUAUAUUUUCAAAAAGCUCUCGAUCUUCAAUUUAAAUCAAAUGCAGAAGAUCAUCCAUCUCUAGCUACAACUUAUAAUAAUAUUGGUUUAGUUCAUAAUUCAAUGAAAGAACAUUCAUUAGCAUUGUCAUUUUAUGAAAAAGCACUUGCCAUUCGACAAAAUUCCAAGUCAAUCAAGGAUCAAUCAUUAGCAACAUCAUACAACAAUAUAGGUCUUACACAUUAUUGGAUGGAAAACUAUCUAACGGCUAUUUCAUUUUUCGAAAAAGAAUUAACGAUACAGCAGAAAUUAUUGCCAUCAGAUCAUUUAGAUUUAGCAAAAACUUUUUAUAACAUUGGCCUAGCAUAUUAUGAGAUGAAGAAUUAUCAAAAUUCAAUAUCAUUUUAUGAAAAAGCGUGUAGAAUACGUGAGAAAUAUCCCUCUAAUGAAAAAACAUUAUUAGCCACGACUUACAAUAAUAUAGCUGUCGCAUACAAUGCCAUGAAUGAUCAAUUGAAUGCUCUAUCAUAUUAUCAAAAGACACUUUCUAUUCGUGAAAAAGAUCCUACCGCACAUGAUUUAUCAUUGGCUAAUGUUUACAGUAGUAUCGGAUCUAUUUAUCAUUCAAUGAACAAUUAUUCGGAAGCUAUCAGUUAUUAUCGAAAAGCUAUAAUAAUCGAAGAAAGUAAAUUAUCCAAAUAUGAUUAUUCCUUAUCAAUUACAUACAACAAUAUUGCUAUUGCUUAUAAAUCUAUGAGAGAUGAUCAAAAUGCUCUUAUGUUUUAUGAAAAAGCACUCAUCAUUCGAGAAAAAUCUGAGUCGAGCGAUGGUUCAUCCUUAGCAGGAAUCUACAACAGUAUGGGAUUCAUUUAUCAUUCAAUGAAGAACUAUUCAACAGCUGUAACUUUUUAUCAUAAAGCAAUAGCGAUUGAAGAGAAAAUACUUUCUUCUGACGAUCCAUCCUCGGGGACAACUUAUAAUAAUAUUGCAGUUGCUUAUGACUUUAUGAAUGAUCAAGAAAAUGCUUUAUUAUUUCAUAAAAAAGCACUUGCUAUUCGUGAAAAAACACUCCCUCCUAAUGAUUCAUCAUUAGCGUCGACGUAUAGAAAUAUUGCUUCUAUACAUCAUUCAAUGGAAAAUUUUUCAGACGCCAUAAUCUUUUAUCAGAAAGCUUUAAAAAUACAGGAAGAAACAAGUUCUUCAGAUGAUGAAACAUUAGGUACCACUUAUAAUAAUAUUGCUGUCGUUUAUAAUGCUAUGAAAGAUAAAACAAAUGCUUUAUUAUAUUAUCAAAAAGCAUUAGUUAUUCGUGAAAAAAUAUUGCCUCUUAAUGAUCCAUCAUUAGCUUCAAUAUAUAGUAGCAUUGCUGCGAUUUAUUCAUCCAUGGAAAGAAAACCAGAGGCUGUUGUAUUUUAUGAAAAAUCACUCAAUAUUCAAGAAGCAUCAUCAUCUCCUAAUUAUUCAUCAUUGUACGUAAUUCAUUUCAAUACAGCAAGAACAUAUGAAGAUCUUCAAAAUUAUCAGGCAGCUGUUAAACAUGCCGAACGUUCUCUCUUUCAUGCUUGUUCGGCUUUCGGUUCUGAUGAUGAAAAAGUACAAAAGGUUCAAAAAUACAUUGAUAUACUUCAUUCGUAUUUAUAA